CGAGGAGACAGCAAGACACAACAGAUGUUGAACUGCUCGUCGGCGUUCCAAAGAGUAGCAGCCUCCUUAAUAAUGUUCAUGGCUCCCAAGCUAAAACCUCAGCGACUACUCCAUCAAAGUAUUGUCGAGAGUGGUGGUGGUGAGCAAGUGGUUAAGAAAGCUAGGACGAUGACUACCCAAUCCUCAAUGAGAGAUGCUUUCUCUGCAUACGCUGAUUAUCUCAACAACUUCAAUGAGAAACGAGAGAGAGUGGUGAAGGCAAGUCGUGACAUCACUAUGAACAGUAAAAAAGUCAUCUUUCAGGUUCACAGGCUCAGUAAAGACAACAAAGAGGAGGUUCUGGAGAAAGCAGGGAAAGAUUUAGAAGCAGUGAGGGAACAACACUUUGCCCGGCUGAUGAAAGAGCUUCAAGGCACUGAUUUUUGGAAGCUCCGCCGAGCUUAUUCCCCAGGGGUGCAGGAGUAUGUUGAAGCUGCAACGUUUUACAAGUUCUGUGUGUCAGGAACACUCUCUACUCUCGAUGAGAUUAACGCCACGCUUUUACCUCUUAGUGACCCUUCUUUAGAGCCGCUGCAGAUCAACAUCCUUGACUAUAUUCUCGGGCUUGCGGAUUUGACUGGAGAGCUAAUGAGGAUGGCGAUUGGUCGGAUAUCAGAUGGUGAAGUCGAGUUCGCGCAGAGGAUUUGUCAGUUUGUCAGACAGAUUCAUAGGGAGCUGUUGCUGGUCGUGCCGCAGAUGGAUGACAGUUACGACAUGAAGUCAAAGAUGGAAGUGAUGCUUCAAAGUGUGAUCAAAAUAGAGAAUGCUUGCUUUAGCGUUCACGUGAGAGGAUCAGAGUAUAUUCCGCUGCUUGGAGAUGAUGCACCAACGUCAUUCCUAUUGGGAGGUGCUGAUGUUGAAUGAUUUAAGAAGUGAGUUCGGACACAACUCUAGGAUCUUGUUAAGGUUGGUAUGUUUUUUGGCAGUUAUUGUGAGAAAACGAGGAUCACUUUAGUAUGGAUGCUAUGUUGCAAGACUUUCAACAUUUUAAGUAUGAAUGGUAUUUGUUCUUGUUCUG